GCUGUAAAGACUCUGCUAGUAGAAUCUACUAGCUACAAAGUCGCGAGUUACACCCGCUGAAAGGGUGAGAAUUAGGGUACAUCACAGGUGUCGACUUACUUCACAAGUGCCACUCGCUAGCUGGGGCACCCCUACUAGGGCUAUCACCGACGUAAACUGUCUAUGGUACGAUCGUCCAGGUGGAUAUCGGUAGGAAGGCUUGCAACCGACCCGCAAAACGUUCACUUGUCCCUAGGGAGAUGGCUCGACAAAUUCGAUUCCGCCUGUUCACCCAUGGUCGAGAAAUGCCGAGCACCGAACAUCGAUAGCCCAGCCUUGCGAGGCCUAGGCUGUUGAAUUCAUCUCUUUUUGAACACUUACAAACAUUCGACUGCCUGCGCGUGAGCUCAGGCAAGUCGUGCGGUACAUUCAUUUCCGCCAUUUUGUUGUGCGAAUCCUAUCGGCGUUCAUUCUCUAAUCCACCGUCAUGGGUUCCCUCUUCAACAGCAUCUGUCUCUUCACCUGCUGGCUGCCGAACAUCCUGAGUCCACCCAAGCAGUCAGUGCCCGGCUCUGAGCCGGACAUCGCGUACAAAACCUACGACUACAUCGUCGUAGGAGGCGGUCUUACAGGACUCACAGUCGCGAACCGUCUGAGCGAAGAUAGCGGUCGGACGGUUCUAGUAAUCGAGAACGGUUAUGUUAGUGAUGACGUCUCUACUCAAGUACCGUCAUAUGCAAACAGCUUGAACACGGGGCUGAUGUAUGACAUAACAUCAGCUCCUAAUGUCAAUAUUGGCGGCCAGACAAAACCUGUGUGGGUUGGCAAGGUCGUUGGCGGUGGUUCAGUCGUGAAUGGUAUGGCGUUUGACCGCGCGUCAGCUGCCGACUAUGAUGCUUGGGAGCAACUCGGAAACAACGGAUGGGGGUGGAACAGCCUUCUGCCCUAUUUCAAGAAGUCCACCACAUUCACACCACCCACUGGUGCCAACGUCAAAGCAUGGGGCAUGACGUUUGACGCAUCAUAUUAUGGCACAAAUGGUCCUAUCCAGGCCUCGUUUCCCAAUUUCGAAUACUCCGAUAUCACCACCAUCUGGGCAUCAUACAAAGCUCAGGGUGUGCCUCUGCCCAAAGAACAUGCUUCCGGCAACGCUGUCGGCGCCUACUGGAUCCCCACCGCUCUGCGACCGACGACACAGACUCGGUCAGAUGCUAGAAACGGAUACUACGACCCUGUAAAAAGCCGCAGCAAUCUCAUCCUUGUACAAGGAAAGACUGUGAAUGAGAUUCUCUUCGACCAGGGCUUGCUUACCGGAUACAAAGCCAAAGGUGUUCAAUACAUCUCGCGUUCGGACAAGUCUAUCAAGCAAGUCUAUGCGAGCCGCGAGGUCAUCAUGGCUGCUGGAUCCGUAUUCACCCCCCAGCUCCUCCAGCUAAGCGGCCUUGGGCCCAAGGACGCCCUUAACGCAGCAGGGGUACGUGUUAAAAAGGACAUGCCCGCCGUAGGUGCCAACAUGCAAGACCAUCCAAAUACCAACAUGCAGUUCGACCUUAAGAACUUAGCCACACCUAAUCCAUUGUCUGGCCUUGAUCCAUCGUUCAAUGCAUCAGCAUGGGCGCAGUACAAGAAGGAUAGGACCGGACCUGUCACCCAAGCCCACGGAAGCAGUCUUGCGUUCCUAAGCCUGCAGACCGUUACCGACAAGUACGAGUCCAUCGUCUCGUCCAUCAAGAGCCAAAACGCACGCUCCUACCUCCCAUCAGUGUACGACGACUCCAAGCUCCUCGCUGGCUUCAAGAAGCAACGUGACAUCAUCGCGAACCUUCACUCCCGCGCCGAUGCAGCAGUCGCGGAGUUCCCAAUGGUCGCGUUUGGCCUCGCUAUCGGUGCGCUGCAGCGCCCGUUGUCGCGCGGCACCAUCACAAUCAACCCUUCGAAUAAAUUCGGCGCACCAAUCGUACAAUGGAAUACGUUCCAGAACCCCAUCGAUCGCCAGAUCAUGGUUGAGAUGGUGCGCUGGCUGCGUCAGCACUGGGCACGCCCGGAGCUAAAGAAAUUCCAGCCCGUUGAGAUCGUCCCCGGCACUGGCGAGACGGACGACGAGAUCAUCAAUGCGCUGAUACAGACCAAGUCUCUCGAGGCAAGCUUUGCGCACAUGUCUGGCACUUGCUCAAUGAUGCCUGAAGCAUAUGGUGGUGUCGUUGGUAGCAACUUGCUAGUUUAUGGUGUCAAGCAGCUAAGCAUCGUUGAUGGCAGUAUCAUUCCACUGGUACCGGCCACGCAUCUUCAAGCCACUAUGUAUGCGGUUGCCGAGAAGGCUGCAGAUCUGAUCAAGGCGAGGAAUCCAGUGGCGGCGGCCCCGUCGAUCUUCAAUGCUCUCAACAUCUUUAAUCGUUUCAGACUGUGGUAGUUGCAGCCAUUCAGUGCUCUUGUUCAAUGUAUAUACUUUCUUUCCUAGAAUCUCAGUCAUUCUCAAAUGUUCGCCUGCCUCGAGGAUAUUGCUGCUGUUGCUGUAUUUCCCCUGACGAGAUCGAAUUGUCGGCACCAGCAACUCGUGGGUGAUAAACGAUCAUCACCGUGCAUUGACGUACUCCGAAGGACCAUCUUGGUGUCAUUUCAAGGAGUAUAUUUGUCGUAAAGGCCUGAACUGCGGGCCAGGCGGCAAAAUAGAUGUGUUAUCUAAAUUUGCUUAUAAACAAUCCAAUUGCUCUGC